AUGAACACUUUGUACUUAGAGAAGAUAAUCAAUCACUGGGCCGAGAAGUACGAUUUCGAAGCGAGGGCGGACCGUCUGAAUAGAUUACCCCAUUAUAAGACGCGGAUACAGGGGCUGGAUAUCCAUUUCGUCUGGGCGAAACCAGAGGUAAAGGGCGUGAAACCAUUGCCAUUGCUGAUGCUGCACGGAUGGCCCAGCUCGUCGAAGGAGUUCGAAAAAGUUAUACCGAUGUUGACAAACAAAAGAGGCGGCUACGAUUUUGUAUUCGAAGUCAUUGCGCCGGACCUGCCCGGUUUUGGUUUUUCGGAGGGUUCAAACAAACCUGGGCUCAACCCCGUGCAAAUCGGAAUAAUAAUGAAAAAUCUCAUGAGAAGGCUGGGCUUUGAUAAAUUCUACGUACAAGCGGGCGACUGGGGAUCCCAAACUGCCACUCAUAUGGCCACAAUAUUUCCAGAAGAUAUAUUAGGGUUUCACACUAACAUGCCAUUGUCUUCGAUGCCGAUCAGCUUCUUGAAGAUAGUCCUCGGCUCCAUGGUCCCCACAUUGGCAGUUGACGCGCGCCACGUCCACAGGAUAUAUCCGUUGACUAAAUUGUUCUCGUACAUUAUGAGAGAAAGCGGAUACUUCCAUAUACAAGCGACAAAGCCAGAUACCAUCGGGGUGGGCCUGACGGACUCGCCAACGGGAUUGGCCGCCUACGUGCUGGAGAAAAUGGGCGUGUGCAGCAACAAGGAGCAAACGGACACCAUCCACGGGGGCCUUGAGAACCUCGAGCUUGACGACGUACUGGACACGCUAACGAUCAUGUGGGCGAACGGCUGCGUGGUGACGUCGAUGCGGAUAUACGCGGAGGCCCUCGCUGGGAGGGAAGCGAGCGUGGUCCAUAACAUACCAACUAAAGUGCCGACGGCCGCGAUCAAUUUCCUCCACGAGGUCCUGUACCAGCCGGACUGGAUACUGCGGGACAAGUUCCACAACCUGGUGCGUUCGACCACGGUCGAGUUCGGCGGCCACUUCGCCGCUUUGCAGACACCGAGGGAGUUGGUGGACGAUUUGUACGCAUCGGUGGCGCAGUUCGUCGUACACCACCGUGUACGGACG